AUGGAUGAGCUGCGACGCACAGGGAGGUCUCCCGAUGAUAUGGCUAGUCAGUUAAAAGCCCUCCAUAUCAAGUAUGAGCGUGCACACAUGUCUUACCUGUCAACUGUUAAGAAUGUGCUGGAUGGCGACAGUGGACUUUAUGGCCAGCGGACCAUCACAGGGACAGUGAGAACAAAAACUACUCCUCCUUUUGGUGGUUAUGAUGACACAGAAGGCUGGUACGGUGUAGCAGUCACCUCUCACUACCUGGAUGACUGCUUCAUUCAAGAGUACCGAAGACAGGAGAACACACUCAAUCUGUUUCUUCAAGGCACUUUUGGACAAGUUUUAAGGGCUGACCACACCUGCAAGAUUGCUCGGAAGGUGGUGCUCACAUCAGGUACUAUGUUAUCUUAUGCAGUUAUGAAUGAAAACUGGAUGAUCUUGUCCUGGGUGAUGCUGCAGUCUGAGAAUGACAAAUCCCUGGAGCCAAUGUAUGAGGAACUGCCCCACCCUUACAUAUCUGCAGGACAGGAAAAAGCCAAAUACCAGUGGGUUGACAGGGAUUGUUGUGCUGCAUUUAGGAUUCCAAAUCCUAAGCCACAAGAGCACCUCUCACGGACUCUUGGAAGACCACAGAGGCCAUUGUCACUGAGGCAACUUCCGGGAGACUCAAAAACAACUGUGCUUCUCGCAAAAAGUACAGCAGUGGCAUUGGUAUCAAGCUGGACCUGUUUCAUUGCAUGUGACGCUUCACCAGAGAGUGCACAUCAGAGCACCACCCACUGUACAGCUCUUUUUCCAAGUUCCUGUCAGCUGCUUUUUGUAUUGUUGAUCAGACCGACCUACAAAGACUUAGGCAGGUCUAUGUUUUCUGUGGGAUUGUGCCACCAAAUCCAACAAAGCAACACAUAAAGGAACAUUGUCACACCAAAAUCCCUCACCCUGAAGAGCUGUUGGUGAGAGUGGAGAGUGUUCUGCAACGUUUCUUCACAGAAACUGAUCCUGAUGGUGUGCCUGUGUUCAAGCCGUCAGUGCUGAAAGCGUGGAGGAUUCAGCGGGUCCACAUCAUCAAA